AUGGACGGGGUUACCGGCGGCGUUGGUGGGAGAGGUGGAGCGCGUCGUGACGCCGAGACGGAGAGGGCAGAGCUGCGGCAUCGGUGCGUCGGCGGCGUCGCUGCGGCCAGCGGCCGCGUGGCGACCUCGGGGAGGGUGAGGGGCUCGCGGGCGACGUCCAGCAGCGCGGCCUCGCUGGUGGCGGCGCCAGAGGCAGGGGCGGCGUUCCGCGGGGCGGGAUUAGGAGCGGGGGAGGAACGGAGGGUUGUCGAAGUUUGCAGAGGAGACAGGAAAGGCGGUCGUUUCGAUUUGCAGAGGAGGCAGGGAAGACAGUCUGGACUGUUGGAUCGGUUGAUCGGACGGACGGGAAUUGCAGGUGACAUGGACGAAGGAGUAUGCGUAUUUGGUAUAUAG